UCUUUCACAUUGUUGAAGUUCAGUUGACCAUGAUCUUGAAAUUCUCGUAUUAUAUUGAUACCUAAAAAGUGUGUUACGAAUGCAAAAUAAUUAAAAAAUUAGAAUAAUCGAUUGUACGGUUCGAUUGGUUCGAUAUGAUCUGACAGAAAGUCAGAUUGCACGCGGACAUGGCGAUAUGUAUGCUGUAAAUAUGAUCGACCUUAAGGUUGAUGAUAACUAUCAGCUGCUGUCUUAAUAACCUUAACGGUAACCGUGAUUUUCGAGUGUGUAGAACCGCGAAUAUGACCACAUACGAGGAGAUACGGGACAAUUUGACAGCUCAGAUUUACGAACUGGAAGCUCUGCAAUCUGUUUACCCGAAAGAAUUGCUUAUUACAGAUAAUGGAAUACUUGCUGACAUUAAUGAAUUUAUUAAAAAUCCAACAGAAGAACUUCCUCAACAGUUAGAGUACUCGAUCGACCUUUCAAUGAAUGGUGGACAUAUUGAAUUGUUAGUUAGUCUAUCUAUUAAUUAUCCCAGAGAGAAGCCAGCAGUAUACGCAAGGAGUUCGCGGUUACAUAGAACUCAGCAACUUCUUCUUAAUCGAGCUCUAAGCCACAUCAUAGAACGUCAAGAAGAGAAUGAACCUUGCAUCUACACAUUGAUAUCGUGGUUACAAGACAAUGGAGAAGAUUAUAUCGCUGCUUCCAACACAAGUCAGGGGAAGGAAUCAAUCGGAAGAUGCAGAAAGGAAGAGCAAAAAUCUACAACUUUUGCCCGAUAUUGGAUAUACAGUCAUCAUAUAUAUAGCAAAUUUAAAAGAAAGGAGGUAGUUAAUAUAGCGAAAGAAAAUUGUCUUACAGGUUUCUCUAUGGCUGGAAAGCCAGGUGUUAUUUGCGUGGAAGGAGCCCACGAAGAUUGCGAAUAUUAUUGGCAAAAAGUAAAGUCUAUGAACUGGCAUAGAAUAGUGAUACGAUUAUUGGAGAAGCAUGAAGAUUGUCCAAAUAUAGACAGCAUGCGUCAAUUUAACGAUAUUCAAGAAAUAGCUUUUCCUACUUCUGAACGUCAUAAUGAUUUAGGACAACUAUUAAAAUAUUUAACAGAUCUUAACUUACAACACGCGUUUAAAGAACUAUUCGGGCUUGAAGGAAAAUUUAGCGAGAUAUCGGAUUCGUGAAUUUAUAAAAGAUAUAUUGUUCAGAAAUUAUAUUUAUUUUUAAUACUGUUUCUAAUAAAUACAUACCCCUGUUGAAUAUUU